GUCGCAGGACCGGGAGGGAGCACCGGGAAGGCGGUUAGAGCGAGCCGAGGCGAGGCGGCGAGAGGAGGUCUGGUGUCGGUCAGCUGGACGCGGCGAGGAGGCUUUUAUUCGUCCGAAGAGGACUUCUUCCGCCCCGCCUUGAAGCACACCCGACAAAAGGACGAGAGUGACGGCAGGGCGCUCGGCUUCAACAUGGAACCCCGGCGACCGCUCGCAGCGCCGGGCCGCACGUGGCUGCGCGUGACGCUCGCCCUGCUCGGUCUUCUGGCCGGCAGCUCCGCCCACCGGGUCAACAGGGUCAAGCGGGGCUGGGUGUGGAACCAGUUUUUCGUGCUGGAGGAGUACACCGGGCUCGACCCGCUUUACAUCGGCAAGCUCCACUCCGACAUGGACAAGGGCGACGGCUCCAUCAAGUACAUCCUGACGGGCGACGGCGCCGGCUCCACCUUCACCAUCGACGACAGCACCGGCGACAUCCACGCCAUCCAGAGGCUGGACCGGGAAGUGAAGGCCCAGUACGCGCUCCGAGCCCAGUACACGCACAUCUUUAGAAGAUCAAGCCCUUCUGGUGAAUGA